GGCGGAGCGGGGCGGGCGCCGGGAGCGGCCCGCGGGGCAGGCAGAGCCGGCUGGCGGGGCGCGGUGCCCGGCUGCCACCGCGCCGAGGGCCGCAGCAGGAUGUAUAAAGGUUAAGUGCCAAGCGCCAAAAUGAGCGUGACUUCGUGGUUCUUGGUGAGCAGCACUGGCAUUCGCCAUCGGCUCCCUCGGGAGAUGAUAUUUGUUGGCAGAGAUGACUGUGAACUGAUGCUCCAGUCCCGCAGUGUGGAUAAGCAGCACGCUGUAAUCAACUACGACAAGGAGAAGGAUGAGCACUGGGUGAAGGAUCUCGGGAGCUUAAAUGGAACGUUUGUCAAUGAUGUGAGGAUUCCUGACCAGAAGUACAUCACCCUGAAACUGAAUGAUGUCAUUCGCUUUGGCUAUGAUUCAAAUAUGUAUGUCCUGGAACAAAUUCAACACAAAGUCCCAGAAGAAGCAUUAAAGCAUGAGAAAUACACCAGCCAACUCCAGAUGAAUUACAAAGGCACGGCCAUGAAGAGGGCGGAGCAGCCCAUGGAGCACAGUGUCUACACAGAGUCCCCACAAGCCAAGCUGGAGAAAGGAGAGAGGAAAGCAAUUACAGAAACGAAUACUUACCGCACUCCGCUCUAUGGGCAGCCCUCCUGGUGGGGGGAAGAUGAUGCAAAUAACAAGGAGGAGAGAAGGCAAGAGGAACAUUACUCAGAGAGAUCAAAAGAGAUAACCCAACAUGAAGAGGAACUGAAUGGGAAUAUUUCUACUUAUAGAGAUGCCCAAGAACAAUCUGUGUUUGCCUUCCGGAGAGAGCCAAGUUAUUUUGAGAUUCCAACUAAAGAAUUUCAGCAGCCAUCAAAAUCUCCAGAAACACAGGUCCAUGAGAUCCCAACAAAGGAUGUUGAUGCUGUGGUAGCCCCUGUGGUACAGAGUCAUGCCUCUUUCACCAUUGAAUUUGAUGAUGGUACCCCUGGUAAAAUAAAGAUAAAAGACCAUGUAACUAAAUUUUCACUCAGACAGAGAAGACCCUACAGUAAGGAACCGGCUCACACAGAAGUGAUGUCAGCAGAGAGCAAAGUGGCUGACUGGCUUGUCCAGAAUGACCCAAGCCUGAUGAGAAGGCAGUCUGCAGGAGAUGAUGUUUACAGUACCAAGAGUGACCUGCCAGUUCAUGUAAGGACGCUUAAAGGAAACAGGCACGAGGACGGAACGCAGAGCGACACCGAAGACCCCAAGGCGGAGAAGGAGACGACGACGACGACGGGUGGGGAACGUCCAACAGAGCAGACGAGGCUGCAGCGCCAGAUGAGGCGUGACCCCCACGAGAUGCUGCACAACAAGCAGGCCUUCGUCAUCGAGUUCUUUGAGGACACGCCGCGGAAGAAGAGGUCCCAGUCCUUCACGCACAGCGCUCACUCAUCCCAGAGCGACACGGAUCCGGGGCUGAAGAACAAGGUUGAGAAGCGCAAGAAUGCGUUGCCAGCGGAGAAGCCGGGAAAUUCAGUGCCACCAUCCCACCUCGCAGCCCAGGCAGGCAAACCCACCACCAACUCCUGCGGGACCCAAAGAACAAGCUCCUUCAAGAGGGAGAAGACGGAGGACAGGAUCAACUCUUCGUCCUCCUCUGCUCCCAGAGCCAAAAGUUACGGGAGCGUUGGGAGGAAGUCAAAAAUGGCUCAGGAUUUUAUGGCUGAGUACUUGCGUGAAACUGCUCAGCCUGGGAAGCCAAACGCUGAGAAACCAGCCCCUGCGCCGGUGCCGGUAGCUCCACGCGUGGUUAUAUCCUCAGAACCAGAGCCUGCCUCUGCUCCACCUCCGGAGGCAAAGUCUGCCCAGGGCAGGAGGAAUGAUGAGGAAGACAGUGUAAGUGAGACAGGCACUUACACCAUUGAGACAGAGUCACAGGACAAAGAGGUGGAGGAAGCACGAAAAAUGAUAGAUCAGGUUUUCGGUGUUCUUGAAUCGCCUGAAUUUUCCAGAAUCUCUUCAGCUUUUAGACCAAUAAUUAAAGGUGAAAAAGAUGACUCCAGUUCUCAGCAUCUAAUCAGUGAAAAUGGCACUAGUCAGAAGUCGUCCUUGCUCCAGGCAUUUUCCUCAAAAGCUGUGAAUGGGUCUCAGGCUGAAUCGCAGAUGUCUGCAGCAUCUCAAGGGAAUCAGAAGUGGGUGUCAAGGUGGGCGAGCCUUGCGGAUAGUUACUCUGACUCUGGAUCUGUCUCUGGGCAAGGUGAUGGAAGUGCAGAAAGCGGGGUACCCCCAAAACCUGGGGAACCAGAAAACUCUGUACCCUCAAGAACAAGGCGCCUUCUUCCCCAACUCCCACCAAGUGAUAAAUCAGACAGCCCCACUCCCACGGUCCUGGUGUGCCAGGAGUCCUAUUCUGAGGUUACCAAGAGAACCAUUGUGAAGGACCACUGUGUGGAAGCCUACGGUGAUUCCAGCAGCCACCUCUUCAUCCAAGAAGACCUGGAUCCGGAUAGCCUCAGCGAUGCCAGUAGAUCUGAUGAUGGCUUCAGCACGGAAAAAGGCAAGAAAUAUAAAGAGAACAGCAAAAUGCUAGAGCAGAUGAGGGAAGACAAUAGAUCAGAGAGCCAGCAGCCAGGAGCCUCCCGGAUCUCUCAUGUGAGAGCUGUGAGUGAACCAGUUUCUACUUCGUUCUACAUUGGUGAUGACAGCAAUGAUGCAGGGGUUCCCUCCAAGCUCUCUCUGACUGUCUCCCACACUCGAGCAGACAAGGACAGCAAGGAUCCAGAGUUUUCCUUCAAGUGUGCUGGCACACCAGUUCCUGGAAAGCCACCAGUCAAAGAUGUUAGUGCUUAUAUAAAUACAGCUGGAAAAGUUGUCAUUUCCCUCCAUCAGAGUCUUCCUCAAGAUCAAGAAAACAUGUCAGGAAAGGAAACAGUGUCUUUUGUUAGACAGGAAAGUUUUACCAAAGAUAAAUCAAGCAGUGGUGUUCCUCAAAAUAAACUCCCACAUAUUUCAAGUCACCCUCUGCUUAAAGAUUUAGAGGCUGUUCGGUCAACUCGUAUGGACUUUAGUCAGGACACUCAUCUUCUGCUUAAGGACACUGAAACUGCCUUGGCAGCACUGGAAGCCAAAUUGCUUGGUCAAAGCCAACAGCUGGAGGCCUCAGAAGCUGCUGGUCAGCUGGAGGACUCCUUGUCAGGGGACUCAGAUGUAGAUACGGCUAGCACAGUCAGCUUGGUGAGUGGCAAAAACGUCCCAGCAAGUGCCCCGAAACGCAAAGCAGUCGCGAGCUUGCAGAAGGAGAAAUCUUCCUCCACGCCAUCCAUCCAGGACCAGUGUGGGCAGCCCAGCGCGCGGGACAGGCUGACGGAGAAGCGGAAAACACAAGCGCCAGAGGCACCAAACCGAGCAGAGGCCACCAAACGCUUCCAGAUGAAGCGGAGUUCUGGGACUCGAGGAUCACUUGACUUCACAGAUGACGAGAGAAGUUCAAACUCACCCUACCUUCCAGUCCCAGAUGCGGUUGUGUCUGACCACGAGCACUCGGUAACCCGGCCUGUUCCCAGGAGGAAACCUUACACUCAGGCCACCAAGGAGGACCAGAGCAAAACGACCUCAAACGUGCAGAAAAUCCAGCAGGUUCUCACCCGGUCCAACAGUUUAUCCACCCCACGGCCCACAAGGGCCUCAAAGCUACGCCGUGCACGGCUGGGAGAUGCUUCAGACAACGAAUGCGUGGAUGCUGAGAAAACAGCCUCCAACUCAGACGCCACUGCUCAGGGCACCAAGCAGCCCACGGAGACAAAGAAGCUCUCCCGGCUGGACAUCCUGGCCAUGCCCAGGAAACGAGCAGGUUCAUUUACAGUGCCCAGUGACUCGGAGACAGCGCAGUCGAGGACGGGGUUUUCGGGCCGCAGCGCGGAGUCCUAUCGGAAGACGGGCGUUUCGGAGGUGAGAGCUGCAGCCAGGAAAACGGCAGCCGCUGCCUCUGCCAAGCAGCCUUUCAGCAGGACCCGUUCAAGCAGUGUCAAGUAUUCCUCAUCAUCAUCCUCCACACAAACACCGCGGAUACGUGGCUCUGGGCUGGGCAAGCAGAAGCUCAAUGGCAGAGAAACGGAUGAUGAUGAAGAUUUUGAUGACAACCCUGAUCCCUACAACUUCAUGGCACAGACAGCAGAGAUAGCAGAAAUAGCCAGGCUCAGCCAAACCUUGGUGAAGGAUGUGGCCAUCCUUGCCCGAGAGAUUCACGAUGUUGCUGGAGAUGGGGACUCACAGAGUUCCUCAGGGACGGGACCGAGCACCUCCUUCAGCUCUGUGCCCAACACUCCAGCUUCCACCAUAUCCGCGAGGGAAGAGAUUGCUCGUAGAUCUUUUCGGCUGGCAUAUCCAUCUCAGUUGGUGCAGCACAUUCCAGAAGCAAGUCUGAACUACCAGAAAGUGCCUCCGGGAUCAGUGGAACUGAAGGAUUUUGACCAAAACAUGAAUGAUAACAGAGAAGAGGAUCCCUCAAGAAAAACAAGGACAAGAAACCGUGAGGAGGUAAUCUUCGACAAUUUGAUGUUGAACCCAGUAUCCCAGUUAUCACAUACAAUCCGUGAAAACACGGAAAACCUCGCUGAAAAAAUGAAGAUUCUGUUUCAAAACUCAGAAAGGACCUGGGAGGAGAUGGAGGCCAAAAUCAAUUCAGAAAAUGAAGUGCCGAUUCUGAAGACGUCAAACAAAGAAAUCAGUUCCAUCCUGAAGGAGCUCAGGCGAGUUCAGAAACAGCUUGAAGUCAUAAAUGCUAUCAUUGACCCUACUGGAAACUUGGAUAUAGUUGCCAGCAACAAAGCAUCUUCUGCUGCUAAACAAUCUACAGCCACUAAAGUCAGGACUGCUAACAAUUCUGGGUCCACACUGGAGACUUUGUCCCUAGCACAGAUGAGAAACUACACUCAGAAAUCGAACUGUGGGUCUUCUAGCUUACAAGAUUCGAAUUUCAUUCCAGAUGGAGAGAAAUAUGUGAUCUGAUACAAUAUUUUGUAUUGCUGUUAUACUGUAAUCUACUGUCGCAUUAGUAUUGUGUAUGAGUGGUUUGUGGACAGUUUGUGUGGAGCAGUUGUUUAGAUUGCUAACAUGUUGCACAAAAAAGAAAAAUCUAUGCUGUGAGGGUGAAUGGAAAGUCUGUGUAUGCCUUUUAAACAAGACUAGCACUGUGGAGCAGCACAUACUCAGCACAGAGGCAAACUGAUUUUUACAAAAUUACUCAUUCUUCCAGUGUGCCAUAAGAAAACAGGCUUUGCAUAUUUUCCAUUCAGUAUGCUGAGGCUGAAGUGUUCUUGCACUGGCCUGUUUAUAACUAUUCAGUUGUAAUGAGGCUCAGUUUGAAAAAAUACCCCACACCUUUUUGGUACUAUAUUUGUUUGGGUUUUAUUUGAUUGAAGUUUUUUGAAGUGUACAAGUGAAGCAUUACAACUCUGUUAGAAUCAACUUGCAAAUCCAACAGAAUGGUUGUGCAAUAUCAUGGGUUUCUAAGAGAAACCCUUACUGCAGUUGUGUAAAAUUUCCUUUCAGCAGUCAUAAAAAGGCAACCACACUGAAGUUGUGCAUCUGUUUUUCAGUCCAGAAACCAAAACAAGACAGAAUAAACCCUUCUGUUUUUUCUCUUGGGAAAGUGUAAAAAUUAAUAAUGGUAUGAAUGUAAAGACUACUGAUCAGCUACUAUUUUUGAUGACAUUUCAGGCCCAAAGUUUGGGGUAGGUACAAAAAGUUAGAUUUUACAAUUUAGCUUGCCAAAUUUUCAUGAUUUUGGUACAAAUGCUGUCUUUAAGCUGCUUUUCUUUUUUAAUUUAAAUAUACAGUCUUUUCAUAGUGAGCUACAAAUGCUCUUGGCUGGGCCAAAGACUAAGAUGUUUGUAAUUACCCAAUUGCAAAGAAAACCAUCUGUUCCAAUGGCUUAUGGAAUAAACUUAAUUACACAGUUGCUGUGAACUAGUGCAAUCACUUGACAGCACUGAAAAAAUAAUGGCUUCAAUGUAGCUCCACCUUUAUGGCUAGUUCUGUUAUGAAAGUUUUUUUUCAAUGCAAAAGUGCUUGCAAAGACCACCAUUGUGGUGUUCUUCAGAAACUGUUCAUCAGUGUCAAGCACUUGGUACAUUUGGGAUUUUUGUCUCUGGAUUUAAUUUUUGGUCUGUUCUAAUCCUAGAAACACUAAGGGUUGUGUACAGUUGUUUGAGCAAUUUCUUACUUAACAAAAGUUGGGGUUUAUAUUCUGUCUUUGUGUUAAACUGCAAAACACUAAGCAAUUUUUGUUGCUUUAAGAGCGUAAAUUUUGCUUUUGAGGGGAUCUCUUUCAGAUGUUUUUGCUCCCAGUUUUUUUUUUUUUUUGUCUUCUAUCGAUUCCUUUUUCAUUCUUCCAGGUCAACAAAUAGUAAUCAGGUAAAGAAAUUAUUUUCUAGCUGUGGAGAAUACAUUUACUGGGAAAGGUGAGCAGAUGAGUUCCACUUUGCCCUCAUACAGUAUGUAGUUUAAGCAGUGAAAAUGGUUUCCCAAGCUUGACUGCUUCUUGUGUGCUGACUCUAUAUUUUGGGGUGAGUAGUGGAUUCCUUAGUUAGCUUCAGUAGUUACCUGAGCUUUUCUGCUAGUAUGUUGUAACAGUGGGAAGCUGUUAAAAUAAUUUAAAUAAAUAGGGAUGCUCACAAAAUGUUUAACCUUACUAGUGAAGAAGGUGAUUGCUUUCCUGGUGAAGCCAGUGAGAGCUUUCCAUCAGUUUCAGCAGAGACAAGAUCGGUCCCAAAAUGGGAGUAUGUCAACAUGCCAUUAGUUUAUUUUUGAGCCUGCAAGAUGCUGGCUGGUAAAUAGUAGGUGCAGAUAUCCUUCAGAGAUUUCCAGUAGACUAUAAGCUCAUCUGCUUGUGUGGAGAUGCCCUUCCAUGAAGAAAUCUGCUGGAUUUCACAUAGAUGAAUGCAGAAUAAAAAGAAUUUGCCCUUGAUGUUGUUCUGCCUGUAAUAUAUGCACUAUCUGAAUGUGUUAAUUCAGUCGUUGAUUCUGAUCUGUCUUUUCUUGAAAUACCUGACUGUGUCCUUGGUGAAUAUCCUAAGUGGUGGUAUCGUUCCUGACAUAUGAGACACAAUUUUUCAAGCCCUUCUUAGUCGGGUUUGAACUGACCAGGUGCUACCCCAACUCACUAGGAGUUGAAGGACCUUCACAGAUAAGGUGUUGCUGUUAGUUUCAGUUUUGCUGUAGAGACAAAUGAAUUACUAAGAUGUACGUCUGACUUCUCUGAUUAUUCGUUAUUUCCACAUCUUCAUGGCUAUGCGCAAGUGGAUUCUGUUUCUCUCCAAUGUGUCCUUGAUGGGACUUCUGUUUACUUUCACUUGAAAAUUGCUUGAUUCUUCUUUGAUUCUUGAACACAUCAGGGAGGGAUUUUCUCCCUUGGUUGCUCUGUUCUGAACUAGAGAGCGAGCCCACAGACACCUUGCAUCAAUUAAAUCAACCUGCAAAAUAUGGUACCUCUUCAAGUGACUAAUGAGGAUGCAACAAUCAGUGUCUCUUGAUAAUUUGGAAAUGUGUGUGAAGGCAGGGAGGAUGCACAGCUUGAUUUAUUUGUGACUCAGCCAAACUGUAAAAUGCUUCUGUGUCCUGACACAAUGCUCAUUCUUGGAUCUUUGCAUUUGAAAAGGUUUAGCUAGUCAACAAUGAAACGCAACAUAUUUUUUUUUUUUUUGUGUUCACUGCUUCUGAAGUACUGUGGUUUGCACUUGUCUGCUCCAGAUAAGCCAAAGAGCUAUCCACUCCUUUGCUGAUUGUUGGUUCUUACAAGCAGAACUGUAUGCAACCAUGGAAACAUGCCUGUGUGACUCCAGUGUGAGCCUGACCCAUGUGUACUGGUGUAUUUGGGAGGCCCAGGAUCAGUGCACGAGAUUCCUGCUGGCUUCCAUGAGCUGUGGAUGGGCCCUGCUUUGAGCUUGGCAGGGGUGAUGCUGCCCUGUGUGUCACUCCCAUGCCACCUUGCUUUCAUGUGUUUUGUGUCUGACUAAAGCAAUGUAACAAAGGGUGGGAUUUCCCAAGUCUUGGGGAAGCAAGUGCUCGGGUCCUUUUGGGUUUUCCAUAUGCUUUGGGUGCCUGAUGCCCUGAGCACUUUCCAAAAUCCCAGCCCUCAGCUCUUCCACUAUACUUGAAAACUUUUCAGUUCGACGCUUUCAAAUGUAAAAUCCUGUUAAUCUGUUCUGAUGGCGUGAAUGUAAAUUCCUGUGAGGGUGUGUAGGAGCUUUGGGAGCGAGGACCCAGCUGGAUCUGUGGUGGUGUCAUGUUGUGGUCAUGCUCCAGGAGGAAAGAACGUCUGCAUCAUCUUUGAGUGUUUUAGUAAAGGUACAAUUAGUGGAAUGUUUACAUACAGCCUACUGACAAAAAAAGGAGACAAAAAAAGAUAAAAAAGUGUAAAGUAUUUAAGUGCAAGAUUCUACUAGAUUUUUCUUGUUUUGCAGAUCACACUAGCUAUUUUUGAAGUUGGUAAAUGUGUAUAACUUUUGCAAAGACCAGACAGAACUACCUGUUCACUUUCAAUGUGCCCCAUGCUGAAUUGUGCCUAUUUCACUCUCUGCUGUUGUUAUGCUGCUGAUUCUGCUGUUCUGAACUGUUCACUGGAUCAUUCCAUUUGCAUGCAACACAAAUGCAAGCUGAGCUGUCUGAGAGUAAAGCUGAAACACGUUUGUAUAACUUGAAUCAAUUAAUGACUCUCUCUUUUCCACACCCUUUCUUGAAAUGCUGUGUAUAAUUUUGAUUUGUUUCUUCUGCCAUGAUUUCUUUCCACUUUUGGUUUGUUGUUUUGGUUUUUUUUGAACAGUAAUUUAUUUUUGUUUGGAUUAUAGGCAGUAUCUGUACAUUUUGUUUCAAGGUGAUAUUGUGGAUGUCUUUAAAAAACCAAAUUGUUAUUUUAUAUAAUUUUAUCAUAAAGUUGCUCUAAUAAAUCAUUCUUUUAUCAUGUGACA